UCCGCAAGAAUCCCCGCACUUCCCGACGCCGCAGCAGCCGCGGCCCCGCGGUCCCGCGGUCCGUCCCGCCGGCCGCUGCCGCCGCUCGCCGCCCGCCCCUCCCCGGAAGGGCGGCCCCAGCGCGGCCGGCGCGGAGCCGGCAUGGAGCGGGCCGAGGCCUACGGCUUCUCGGGCACCAUGAGCGGCGCCUUCCUGCUGUCGUGCCUGCUCUUCGCGGCCGUCAGCCGCCGACAGCGCGGGCCCUACAUGGACGAGGUGUUCCACGUCCCGCAGGCGCAGGCCUAUUGCCACGGCCGCUUCCUGCAGUGGGACCCCAUGAUCACCACGCUGCCCGGCCUGUACCUGCUCUCCGUGGGAGUGGUGAAGCCCGCGGCGUGGCUCCUCGGGUGGACGGGAAGCGUGGUGUGCUCUGUGGGAAUGCUCAGGUUUAUCAACCUCCUCUUCAGUGCUGGGAACUUCUAUUUGCUGUAUUUGCUUCUGUUCAAGAUCCAUCAGAAGAAUAAGGCUGUGUCUGGUUUCCAGAGAAUCUUGUCUGCAUUAACUCUUGCAACAUUUCCCACCCUUUAUUUUUUUACAUUCCUUUAUUAUACGGAUCCAGGAUCAGUAUUUUUUACUCUCUUUUCCUAUUUAAUGUGCCUUUAUGGUAAUCAUAAAACUUCUGCUCUCCUUGGAUUUUGUGGCUUCAUGUUUCGUCAGACAAAUAUUGUGUGGACAGUUUUUUGUGCUGGAAAUGUUGUUGCAGAGAAGCUAAAUGAAGCCUGGAAGAUUGAGUUGCAGAAAAAGAAAGAUGAAAAGAUUUCUUCCAGGAAAGGAUCAUUUUCAGAUUUGACCAGAAUACUGCAGUUUCUUGUUGAAUAUCUCUUGUCGCCUAAAAACUUAGUUACACUUACUGCUUUAACUUGGCCAUACAUCAUAUUAGUUUCUCUCUUCUUUGUUUUUGUCUUCAUCAAUGGUGGAAUAGUUGUUGGUGAUAGAAGUAGUCAUGAGGCCUGUUUGCACUUUCCUCAGCUGUUCUAUUUUCUGUCCUUUACUGUUUUUUUUUCAUUCCCUCAUUUAUUGACCCCUACUAAAAUCAGGAGAUUCCUUUUGUCAUUGCAAAAGCAUCCUGUGCAGUAUAGCCUAAUCACUGUCAUCUCUUUGUUCCUGGUCUGGAAAUUUACCUAUGUCCAUAAGUAUUUACUAGCGGAUAACAGGCAUUAUACCUUUUAUGUCUGGAGAAAAGUAUUCCAAAGACACGAGCUUGUAAAAUACCUGUUGGUUCCAUUCUAUAUAUUUGCUGGCUGGAGUUUUGCUGAUACACUAAAAUCAAAAUCGAUAUUCUGGAUCUUAAUGUACUUUGUAUGUUUAUUAGCCGUCACAGUUCCUCAAAAAUUGCUAGAAUUUCGUUAUUUUAUUUUGCCAUUUUUAAUAUAUAGGCUCAAUACUCCAUUUUUGUCUCUAUAUAGACAACUUCUGGAGCUGGCUUUUUAUAUUUUAGUAAAUGCUGUAACUUUUUAUCUUUUUCUAAACAGAACAUUCCGAUGGGAAAAUAGUGAUGAAGUACAGAGGUUUAUGUGGUGACUUUUUUGAUAUUUUUAUACCUGUAGGAAAACACAGUUCUGUUUCAGGACUGGACUCUGGAAUGAAAUAUGUUUUGCAUCAUGUAAGGACUGUUUUCCCUAGCUGGAAUUGGAAGUAAGCUCUUUGCUUAUAUUGUUGCAACCAAAUGCAAGAUAUGUUAUUAUGUGAAGAUACUCCAUCCAUUGAAUUUAUGAGAAUUUUAAAAUUGAAUAUGAGGGGAAAUGUGAGAACACCUUUCUGUAAUUAAUGUAAAAAUAAGGGAGAUGUUUACUGUAAUUUUUCAAUAUAAUAAAAUUCUACAUAACAUGCCCUUGAAGGUAUAACAGUUUCUGUUUCAGAGACUGCUCUUUUACAAAAGAAGGAUUUCUGCCUGUUCAACCUUUUUUUUUAUUUAUCUGUGUGCAUAUUUAUUUCUCAGAUCAGACCAUUUCCUUUAGGUUUACUAGUGGUCAAAGUAUAAACCACUACUGAAGUACAAUGUUUUCAAAGCCUCCUAUGUCUCACUGAAUUUUUAUUACUUUUUUUUUUUUGUCAGUAAAUGCUUACAUUAGUUUUGUAAACAGAGUGUAGGCUCUUAAAUCAUUAGAGCAUUUUGAACAUUUUAUUUCAAGCUGCUAUUUAGAAAACACAGUGGAUGCUAUGUGUGUGCACCUUUGGAGGAAUAAAUGUUACUGUACAAUAAAACAUAAAUGGCAGUUGAUAAUGUAACCUGUUAGAAAGGGAGUAGUUUACAGAUGUCAGACUGCAAUGUGCAGUGGAUUGCAACCCUCUUAAAUAAUUGAGCUUUUAUGUCCUGUGGUUCUGUGCUCACAGGUUAGUGCUGAAAUCGGCUCUGAGUGCACUCCUGACUUGCACUGAAUAUUUCAAAGAUCUUUGAUGUGUAAUCUUCAAGAAGUACUAAUGGCAUUAUUGAACUAUUCUUUUAAGUAUUUUUUAUGUUUAAUGGAACGUGAGUGUAUAUAUUUUGUUUGAAAAAGGUAAA